CAAUUCCACCUUAAACUGGGGGGUCAAGAGGCAGGAAGCUGCUGCUGUUGCACUCCAAUAUAAACGGAGAAAGGAGGGACUAAACACACUGAACUUCCAGGUUGAGUCUGAAGGCGAGCUGCAAGUAGAAACGCAUGUGUCAAAAAUAAAGCGUUUUGCUAAGUCGGUUAAAAGUGUCAGAUACAGCAUUUAAGAAAUGCAGAGACAAAAAUAAGGUGUAGGCGCACCGUGGAAAUGGCGGAAGGCGGAGACCUAGAUAGGGACACCGAGCUGCCUGUUAUUGGCAUUCCCUGUCCUACAGCUCUUGAUCUGGCAAGCAGCACAAAUGCAGGCCGGAAUCUGAAGGAAUGGCUUCAGGAGCAGUUCUGCGACAAGCCGCUGGAGCAGUGUGAGGACAUGCGCCUACACGAUGCUGCAUAUGUAGGUGACCUGGAGACUAUCAAGAGCCUUCUGCAAGAGGAGAACUUCAAACGACGGAUCAAUGAGAAGUCUGUGUGGUGCUGUGGUUGGCUGCCCUGCACUCCCCUGCGCAUUGCUGCCACUGCUGGUCACGGGGACUGUGUCAGCUAUCUCAUCAAGCAAGGGGCAGAGGUGGAUCUUGUAGACGUGAAGGGGCAGACGGCGCUCUAUGUGGCUGUGGUCAACGGGCACCUGAACUGUGUGAAAAUCCUGCUGGAGGCUGGUGCUGAUCCCAAUGGGAGCCGGCACCACCGGAGCACGCCUGUGUAUCAUGCUGCCAGAGUGGGGAGGGUAGACAUUCUGCAAGAGCUCAUCCGGUACAAUGCUGAUGUGGAUGUGGACCAGCAGCUGGGGCCUAGGCAUCCACUAUUCAGUGCCAGGCGGCUGUCCACCCUUGUGGUGUGCCCCCUCUACAUUAGUGCUGCCUACCACCAUCUCAACUGCUUCCGCGUGCUGCUAAAGGCUGGAGCAAACCCGGACUACAAUUACAUGGGUCCUGUGAGCCGAAAUUCUUUGUGUCGUGGCCUGGCCUCCUGUGUUAUGGAUGCUGUGCUGCGUCAUGGCUGUGAUCCUGCUUUCGUCAGGUUGAUGAUAGACCAUGGAGCUGACCUGAACUUGGUUCCAUGGGAGGACCCAGACCCAGAGACCAUGGGCAGAAUUCGAGUCAACCCAGAGGCCUUAAAGCUCUUUAAGGAGGCAAAAAGAACUCCCAGAAUGCUAACCUACCUGUGUCGCAUUGCCAUUCGAAGAGCACUUGGCAAACACCGGCUCACUCACAUCCCAGAACUGCCUGUGCCUGACAUGGUCAAGCUCUUCUUACUCCAUGAGAACUGCUGAAGACCAGUUAACUGUGUGUUUGUUGUGGGUAUUGUAUCCUGCAAGCCUCAUGGGAAUGCUGCUUUGGAGAAGGUCUCCUCUUUCAUACUGUAUGCUUUGUGUUGUUUUUGUUCACGAGGCCAUUCUGCCAAAUGUGAUUUUACUUUGCUAAAAGUAGCAUCAUGUUUUUAUCUCGGCCAGGCAGCCUUACAUAUUUGGAAAAUGACUGUUCCUGCAUAUAAAGGUUCUUUCAGUUGGCUUCAAGUUAGCCGCUUCCUUGUGUGAAAUACUGUAACAAUGCUGUUAUUAUCCAGUUUUUACCAUACUGUAUUUUCUGGUGACAUAUAUUAACAUGUCUGCGUGCAACUUUUGUGUCUUGCUCACCACUGCCUUUUCAAACAAAUCUUACUGCAAUGUACUUGACUUUGCGUUGUCCAUCAAGACAAUAAAAUUUUAAAAUCGUA